UACCUUGCGCACCUGUCCUCUGCCCCUCCCACAGCGCUUCGCUUUCUCCCGUCUUCUCCGCCUUCCCGUCGCUGCCUCUCGCUGCCGGAUUCUUCUUCGCAACCCUAGCAGCUAGCCAUGGCCGGGAGAGGGAAGGCGAUCGGCUCUGGCGCCGCCAAGAAGUCCAUGUCCCGGAGCUCCAAGGCCGGGCUCCAGUUUCCCGUCGGCAGGAUCGCCAGGUUCCUCAAGGCCGGCAAGUACGCCGAGAGGGUCGGCGCCGGCGCACCCGUCUACCUCGCCGCUGUGCUCGAGUAUCUGGCUGCUGAGGUUCUUGAGCUGGCCGGGAACGCCGCGAGGGACAACAAGAAGACCCGUAUCGUGCCGCGCCACAUCCAGCUGGCCGUCCGCAACGACGAGGAGCUCUCCCGCCUGCUGGGCACGGUGACCAUCGCCAGCGGUGGCGUCAUGCCCAACAUCCACAACCUGCUGCUCCCCAAGAAGGCUGGCGGAGGCAGCGCCAAGGCCGCGGCCGGCGACGAGGACUAGAUCCCUGACUACCGUGCUUCCGGUGGGGGUGGCCGUUUCUUGUGGAUGAUGUAUCACUUGUGCUUGUGUAGUAGUGCGUUCUAGACUCGCCUAGGUUUUGCCUUCUAGUAGGGAGGUUGUGUGUGCCUGUACCGAUGCUAAAGCUAGUUUACUCGUGUUCGCUAAGGAUUAGUUCUCUCUAUUUGUUGCUAUGUCUCUAUAAAAGGUGCAUCUUUCUGAUGACUUAUUAAUCACAUCUGGUGUUCUUAUCUUA